AUGGGGAGGGCCGGCGCCGCGGCCAAUGGCACCCCGCAGAACGUCCAGGGCAUCACUUCCUACCAGCAGCGAAUAACUGCACAGCACCCUCUGCCCAACCAAUCAGAAUGUAGGAAAAUCUACAGAUAUGACGGGAUCUACUGUGAAUCUACCUACCAGAAUUUACAAGCGUUGAGAAAGGAGAAAUCCAGAGACGCGGCUCGUUCCCGGCGGGGCAAAGAAAACUUUGAGUUCUAUGAAUUGGCCAAGCUGUUGCCACUUCCUGCGGCCAUCACCAGCCAGCUAGACAAGGCGUCCAUCAUUCGACUGACAAUUAGCUAUCUGAAAAUGCGGGACUUUGCUAACCAGGGGGACCCUCCGUGGAAUCUGAGGAUGGAAGGCCCUCCCCCGAACACGUCAGUAAAAGGUGCACAACGAAGGAGGAGCCCCAGUGCACUCGCUAUUGAAGUAUUUGAAGCACAUUUGGGAAGUCACAUUUUACAGUCCCUGGAUGGAUUUGUAUUUGCACUAAAUCAAGAAGGAAAAUUUUUAUACAUUUCCGAAACAGUCUCCAUCUACCUAGGCCUCUCCCAAGUGGAGCUGACGGGAAGUAGUGUCUUUGACUAUGUCCACCCUGGGGACCACGUGGAGAUGGCAGAGCAGCUGGGCAUGAAGCUUCCGCCCGGGCGGGGCCUCCUCUCGCAGGGCACCACUGAGGAUGGAGCCAGCUCGGCAUCUUCCUCCUCCCAGUCGGAGACCCCGGAGCCAGUGGAAUCCACCAGCCCCAGCCUGCUCACCACGGACAACAGCCUGGAGCGCUCCUUUUUCAUCCGGAUGAAAUCCACCUUGACCAAGCGCGGCGUGCACAUCAAAUCCUCGGGGUAUAAGGUGAUUCACAUCACAGGCCGGCUACGCCUCAGAGUGUCCCUGUCCCAUGGGAGGACCGUCCCCAGCCAAAUCAUGGGCCUCGUGGUGGUGGCUCAUGCCUUGCCUCCCCCUACAAUCAACGAAGUCAGAAUUGACUGCCAUAUGUUCGUCACGCGAGUAAAUAUGGACCUCAAUAUCAUUUACUGUGAAAAUAGGAUUAGCGAUUACAUGGACCUGACCCCGGUAGACAUCGUAGGGAAGAGAUGUUACCACUUCAUCCACGCCGAAGACGUCGAGGGCAUCAGGCACAGUCACUUGGACCUGCUGAAUAAGGGUCAGUGUGUGACGAAGUAUUAUCGUUGGAUGCAGAAGAAUGGAGGAUAUAUUUGGAUUCAGUCUAGUGCCACCAUAGCUAUUAAUGCCAAGAACGCAAAUGAGAAGAAUAUCAUCUGGGUGAAUUAUCUUCUUAGUAAUCCCGAGUACAAGGACACCCCCAUGGACAUCGCGCAGCUCCCUCACCUGCCAGAGAAAACGUCCGAAUCCUCAGAGACCUCCGACUCGGAAUCAGACUCUAAAGACACCUCAGGUAUUACAGAGGACAACGAGAACUCCAAGUCCGACGAAAAGGGGAACCAGUCCGAGAACAGCGAGGACCCGGAGCCGGACCGGAAGAAGUCGGGCAGCGCGUGCGACAACGACAUGAACUGCCGCGACGACGGCCACAGCUCCAGCAACCCCGACAGCCGCGACAGCGACGACAGCUUCGAGCACUCGGACUUGGAGAGCCCCAAGGCGGGCGCCGACGGCUUCGGCGCGCUGGGGCCCAUGCGCAUCAAGGCGGAGCGCUCGGUGGAGAGCGAGUCGGACCUGCGGCUGCAGCCCUGCGACUCGCUCACGUCGGACAGCGCCAAGGACUCGGACGGCGCGGGCGAGGCGGGCGCGCACGCCGCGGGCAAGCUCCAGAAGCGCAAGAGGCGGCGGAAACGGCAGAAGGGCGGCAGCGCCAGCCGCCGCCGCCUGUCCAGCGCGUCGAGCCCCGGCGGCCUGGACGCCGCGGGCCUGGUGGAGCCCCCGCGGCUGCUGGCGUCGCCCAACAGUGCCUCGGUGCUCAAGAUCAAGACGGAGAUCGCCGAGCCCAUCAACUUCGACAACGACAGCAGCAUCUGGAACUACCCGCCCAACCGGGAGAUCUCCAGGAACGAGUCUCCCUACAGCAUGACCAAGCCCCCCAGCGCCGAGCACUUCCCGUCCCCGCAGGGUAGCGGGGGUGGCGGUGGCGGUGGCGGUAGCAGUAGUGGCAGUGGUGGCAGCGGAGGAGGAGGAGGAGGGCUGCACGUGGCCAUCCCUGACUCGGUCCUCACCCCGCCGGGUGCCGAUGGCGCCGCUGCCGCCCGCAAGACACAGUUCAGCGCCUCGGUUGAAACCAAUACGUUUUAA